GUGAAAAGCGUGGUGAGGCGUGAAAAACAUGAUGGAGGCGUACGCCCAAAAAAAAAAAUGGUAGAUGAGUUCUGCGUUGUUCUUGAGAUGAUUUCUGCACCAAAUCUUGACAGAGACUAAGAUAAAGGGGUAGAACCGGAGGGAGGGAGGGAGAGAGAGAGAGAGAGAGCUUACGAUCGAGUUGUGCCCGUCAGAACAGCAUAAGAUGACUUAAUUAAUUGAGGACGUGGAGAAGCAGCUUUGGUGCAGAUUAUGUAAUACCUCUUCAUAUAUACCAUCAAGUAAUACAGAUUUGAUUAAGAUCCAAUCAACAACCAAAUUACAUCUGAAAGAUUAUUAUGUUAAGAUGGUGAUGGGAAAACAAAACGCAUAGUUAUGAGCGUAGGCAUUGUAGUUGCUAUUGCCGUUCUGCUAUCAGCUGGUCUUAUUAUCUGGUUCGUGCGGAGGAGGAGGAACUCGGGUAGCACCCUCAGGAGAGAAUCAAAAGGUCCUCUUGAAAGAAUUCGAAGCCAGGAUUUUCUUCUAAACAGUGUGUUAGUCUCAAGUAAGAAGGAGCACUACUCUGGCGACAGAAGCAAUGAUGACCUAGAGUUGCCAUUGUUUGAUUUUACCUCUAUAGCAGCGGCAACGGAGAACUUUUCUGAUGAAAAUAAACUGGGACAAGGUGGUUUUGGUUGUGUUUACAAGGGGUUUGUCGAAGGUCAAGAGAUAGCUGUCAAGAGACUUUCAAAGAACUCUGGACAAGGAACCAAAGAAUUCAAAAACGAAGUGAAGUUAAUUGCAAGGCUUCAACACAGAAAUCUUGUUCGACUGCUUGGUUGCUGUGUUGAUGCGGAUGAAAAGAUGCUGAUUUACGAAUACAUGGAAAAUAAAAGCCUCGAUUCCUUUUUAUUCGAUAAAGCAAAAAGGUAUUUGCUGGAUUGGCAAAAGCGUUUCAACAUUAUCUGUGGGAUUGCUCGAGGGCUUCUUUAUCUUCACCAGGAUUCGAGAUUCAGAAUUAUCCAUAGGGACCUCAAGGCAAGCAACAUUCUACUAGAUGGAGAAUUGGACCCCAAGAUAUCGGACUUUGGAAUGGCAAGACUAUUCGGUCAAGAUCAGACAGAGGCCAAUACAAAAAAAGUAGUGGGAACAUAUGGCUAUAUGUCUCCUGAAUACGCAAUGGAUGGUCUCUUCUCAAUCAAGUCGGAUGUAUUUAGUUUUGGUGUUCUAGUAUUGGAGAUUGUUAGUGGUCAAAAGAACAGAGGAUUCUAUUAUUCAAACAAUGAGCUAAACCUCCUAGGACAUUUUUGGGAGCUAUGGAAUGGAGGUCGUGCGUUGGAUAUAAUAGAUUCAUCAGUUGGUGAUUCAUUUUCGGAAUCUGAGGUGUUGAGAUGCAUGCAGGUAGGGCUUUUAUGCGUCCAAGAGCGUGCAGAAGAUAGGCCUACAAUGUCCUCUGUGGUUCUAAUGUUAUGUAGUGAAACUGCAUCAUUACCACAGCCUAAAAAACCCAGUUUUUGCCUGGCAAGGAAACCCGAAACAGACGAGUCAAGCACUGUAAACCAAGUAACUAUCACAACAUUAGAUCCUAGGUAGUGUAAGGUAUAAUCUUCAUCAAAUAGCAUAGCCUAUAUUAGGGCUGUCAAUUCCGACACGACCCGAUAACACGACUCGAAACCCGCACGAAAUAAAGCGGGUUGAACCCGCACGAUUAAAAAGCGGGUCAGCCGUGGGUCAACCCGCCAUGACCCAUUUAA